GUCCGUGAGGAUGUUUAGCAGGAUGUUCAAAUAAUAAAUACGAUAAUAUAAAAUUAUCUUAUCAACACUUGAAUAAAAUGACUUGAAUACAAAUUAGCUUGCAUCUUGACUGUAUUAUCUUCGGAUUCGACGUACGUGUACAUUCAGUAGCAGUUUUUAUUUAUUUUUGCUGUGAAGGACAGAAAAGAGGGAGGAGGACUGCGAGGUAUGUAUGAAUUAUUAAUACGCUUUCCUUCACACUAGCACUCGGGGAAACACCCCUCGUUCGGUUUCCAUAGCACCGUCCCCAGGAGGCUUGCUUGACGGCCUCUGAUGGAUAACAACCAUUAGGCAUAAAAGCACAAAUGUAGAAACUUCGAAUGUCAGGUCACGUGCCCUUCAUAUACGCACCGAAAGACUGUCAUUUGCCGCACGUGGAACAUAAUUCACAUCAUCUGAGGACAUAACCAGAGAAAAUGUGAAUGGAAUGUGAAGAUUUUCCGCCCUCUAUAACCCCUCCCAAAACAGCGGUUCUGAGGGAGUGAUCCGGCGCUGGGAGUCGCGGCGAGACUGUCGCUGACCUUGGUGCUGAACGCCUUGCACAUUUCUCCUAAAGCUACUUCACUGGCACUCUGCAUCGAAGAAGUGACAGUGCUUUUCAUUUUUUGCUCUUAAUUAACCAUCUUUUUUUAAAUCCGUUUUUUUUUUUUUUUUUUAACUCCGUCGAUUUGAAGCGAACAUUACUUCGUUGACUCAAAUCUGAGAUGGCAUCGCGUGCUCUUAUUGCGCGCGGGGCAGGUUAUGAGUUUAUAACUAUGAGUAGACAGAGACAGACCACUUUUGAUAUCUCUCUUGUGUAGGCGGAAUUUUUAUUUUUAUUUAUUAUUAUUAUUAUUAUUAUUAUUAUUAUUAUUAUUAUUAUUAUUAUUAUUAUUAUUUUCUUCGCUCUGUGAACACCGUCGUGAAUUUUCCUCAUCUGUCUUACUGAAUCAUUGAUCCGCUGGGUAUCGGUCCGGUAUGCUCUGUCAUCUCACACUGUGACAUGGUACUUUAACAUUACCGGGGGAAAAAACCGAGGGAUCGUCAUAUUUGGACAUGGAGACUCCGAGGGAGCCUGGUUUUGUGCCCAGCAAAGAGGGACUGAAGAAACUAGCGGGGAAGACACUGGGACACUUGUACAAAGUGAUAGAAAAGCGACAAAAACCUGGCGAGAACAUCGAACUGACCGAGCAUGGACGGCCUGCUCAGACCAACGAGAAAAAGCCACCUUUGUGCGACUGCACGUGCUUUGGACUUCCUCGCCGCUACAUCAUCGCCAUAAUGAGCGGCCUCGGGUUCUGCAUCUCCUUCGGUAUUCGGUGCAACUUAGGCGUGGCCAUAGUGAGCAUGGUGAACAACAGCACCAUUCACCUGAACGGGAAGAUCAUCAUCAAAGAGAAGGCAAAAUUCAGCUGGGACCCGGAAACAGUUGGAAUGAUUCAUGGCUCGUUUUUCUGGGGUUAUAUUGUGACGCAAAUUCCCGGGGGAUACAUUUCUUCUAGAUUGGCGGCAAACAGGGUUUUUGGCGCAGCCAUUCUCCUCACAUCCAUACUGAACAUGUUCAUCCCCUCAGCUGCACGUGCUCACUACGGCUGCGUCAUAUUCGUCAGGAUAUUACAAGGGCUUGUAGAGGGUGUGACCUACCCAGCCUGUCAUGGGAUCUGGAGUAAGUGGGCUCCUCCGCUGGAAAGAAGCCGUCUGGCCACAACCUCCUUCUGUGGUUCCUAUGCUGGAGCUGUCAUUGCCAUGCCUUUAGCUGGGAUCUUGGUGCAGUACACAGGCUGGUCAUCGGUUUUCUAUGUCUAUGGCUGUUUUGGGAUUUUCUGGUAUAUGUUCUGGAUCUUAGUGUCAUAUGAAAGCCCAGCUGAACAUCCUACCAUCACGGCCGAAGAACGCUGCUACAUUGAGGAGAGUAUCGGCGAGAGCGCUAAGCUGCUAGGUCCUGCAGAAAAAUUCAAGACACCUUGGAGGCAGUUUUUCACAUCCAUGCCUGUCUAUGCAAUCAUUGUGGCCAACUUCUGCAGGAGUUGGACCUUCUACUUGCUGCUCAUCAGCCAGCCUGCAUACUUCGAGGAGGUGUUUGGCUUUGAGAUUAGCAAGGUUGGCAUGCUGUCAGCCCUGCCCCAUCUGGUGAUGACCAUUAUCGUACCCAUUGGGGGACAGAUAGCCGAUUUCCUCCGUAGCAAAAACAUCCUGUCUACUACCACAGUUCGGAAGAUCAUGAACUGCGGAGGCUUUGGGAUGGAGGCCACUCUGUUGCUGGUGGUUGGUUACUCACAUAGUAAAGGAGUAGCCAUUUCGUUUCUUGUGUUGGCUGUCGGUUUCAGUGGAUUUGCAAUAUCAGGUUUCAAUGUCAAUCAUUUAGACAUCGCUCCUCGCUAUGCCAGUAUCCUCAUGGGAAUCUCUAAUGGAGUGGGAACUCUGUCAGGAAUGGUGUGCCCUCUUAUUGUGGGAGCCAUGACCAAACACAAGACCCGAGAAGAGUGGCAGUAUGUGUUUCUUAUCGCUUCCCUGGUGCAUUAUGGUGGUGUAAUCUUCUAUGGCAUCUUCGCCUCGGGGGAGAAGCAGCCAUGGGCAGAUCCAGAACAGACCAGUGAAGAAAAGUGUGGCUUCAUUGAUGAAGAUGAGCUGGCUGAGGAAACGGGGGACAUCACCCAGAGUUACGGUGCCCUGGGAGGUCCAGCCAAAACCUACGGUGCCACUACACAGUUGAACGGUGGAUGGGCAGAAGGAUGGGAUAAACGAGAGGAGUAUGUACAGGAAGGUGUGGAGGAAGGGGGUUACGGAUACCGGCAGGGUGGGGAUUACUCCUAGACCUCACAUGCUAUCACACACACAUACACACACAAUGCACAGAGCUAUACAUAAACAUUCAGUGGAGCAAAAAAGUAUUUGGAUGGAUACAUUCAGACACAGAUCACAACUGGAAAUGUAUAAAUUCCAUUGCAUUAAAUAACAAAAUGCAAGUGCAAUCUGCAACGCAUCUGCAAUUUGUCUUUCUGUGCUUUUCUUUAGUGGGUGUAUGAAGUGCCCUUAUUUUGAAAUCAAAAAAUCUAUGUGUGUAGCUAUAUAUGUAAAUAUAUAAAUAAUAUAUAUAUAUAUGUGAUAAAUCAUUAUAUAAUCUAAUAUAACAAACCUGUUUUCGUAAAAUGUUUCGCUUUAAAAAAAUAGCAUUUUUGUUAUCUAAUCUAAUGCAAUGACAUUUCUACAUUUUAAGCACAGCCUAAGCAUCCAGAUACUUUUUGGAGCCACUGUACAUACAGGACAGGAUAAAAAAAUACAUACCCACACUAUAGAUUUUGUAGUGUCUGUGAGUUCAAAAAAAAAAAUAGAGGAUCAAUUAACAUGUAAAAAAAAAAAAAAAAGUUGUGUGUU